AUGACUGAAUUAUUCCGGUCAGCUUUUAAUUAUUUAUCGCAAACGGUACCACUGAACGCUGUUGGUAAAUUAGAUCAUCCACUUGUGGGUACAAAUGUUGAGAUUGAUGGAUUGAGACUGAAAAUUCGUUCUUUAAUCGCUGAAGGUGGUUAUGCAUUAGUAUUUUCGGCUCAAGACACACACGGUAAUUGGUUUGCUCUCAAACGAUUAUUAGCAGCAGAUGGUGAGACUGCUGAAGCUGUGUUAAAAGAAAUUCGUUUUUUACGAGAGCUAACUGGUCUUCCAUCCAUUCUACAUUUUGUGCAAGCUGCGCAACUGAGUCCACAGGAGAGUGGACAUGGUCGAGCCGAAUUUCUUCUCUUGACUGAACUUUGUCCAGGAAGUGUUAUUGAGCUUAUUCAGAAGGGUCCAUUGUCGGUUGGACAGGUGACGAAGAUUUUUUAUGCGGCUUGUAACGCCAUUAAACAAAUGCAUACGAGAAAGCCACCUAUAACACAUAGAGAUAUGAAGAUUGAAAAUUUGCUUUUUGAUGCAUAUGGGUAUGUGAAACUAUGCGAUUUUGGAAGUGCAACAACAGAAGUCGUAACACCGGAUGAAACAUGGUCAGCUUUCCAGCGAGCACAGCUUGAAGAGGAGUUAGCGCGACACACGACACCGAUGUACAGAGCACCAGAAUUACUAGAUAUGUAUUCAAAUUUCCCGGUGGGUCCAGCUCAAGAUGUUUGGGCUCUUGGAUGUGUACUGUAUUAUCUUUGCUACAGAAAACAUCCGUUUGAGGAUAGUGCAAAACUUCGUAUUAUUAAUGCGAAAUAUUCCCUCCCUGAUGCGGAAACUGAAUAUGCUCUCUUGAAUCCACUCAUUCAAACAACUUUGCAAGUAGAUCCAAGAAUGCGCCCAAAUACGAAUGAUUUAUGUGAGCGAGUUGAAGCGCUUGCUGCAGCAUCAGGUAUAGAUCUUUCGAAACCUGUAGAAAGCCUGGAACUACCGCAGUUAUCAGCAUUUUGUCCUUCAGGUCAGUUACAAGCUGAAUUAUCUGGAAAUGAACGUGGAAAGUCAUCAAAACGGUCACCUUCAGUGCAGCGAAAGAAUGAUUACGAGCAGACAGCUCAACAAGCUUCCGCUGUUUUUGGUGCUAUUAAAGGACAAGGCAUGUCUUGGUUCAAAAAUAUCAAGGACAAAACGGCUGCUGUUGCACAGACAGUACAGUCAACAUAUGGUAAUCGAGGUCCAGAUGUGACAUUUGUUACAUCGCGUCUUGUAAUAGCGCCACUCGCUGAUUGUAUACCUGAAGCACUAGUUGCACAAGCUGAAGAAACAAUGCGGGCUCAUAUUUUAGAUCAGGCUCGAGGACAGUUUGCAAUUUAUAACUUAUCAAAUCGGCAUUUGCGGUGCGAUUACGCGCAUUUGAUAGAAACUCCUUUGCCAGCUGUUGGAAGUGGUUUAACACCCACAGUUAACUUUUUGUUGAAUCUGUGCAGGAAUAUGGUUUUAUUCUUGAAACAAAAAGAAACAAAUUUUAUUCUGAUUACUGGUCCUGAAGUUCAAUGUUUACUGAUAGCAGCAACUCUGUUGUUAUAUGCUCGACUUGUUCCAAGGCCACUGGCAGCGUUAGAAUUAAUCUGUACCAAAAGACAACCACCAAAUCUUCCACCAUCUUACCAUCGGCAGCUUGAUGUAAUAAAAACAGUUGUUUCUACGGAAUCAUCUGAUUUAUAUACAAUGGUUCACAAUAGGCGAGUAGUGCUUCAGUCAUUACUGAUAUCACCGGUACCACUGUUUAAUCGAGUUCGAAGUGGUUGUCGACCAUUUGCUGAUGUUUACGCUGGUGGUACGAAAGUUUGGUCUACCUGCAAGAGCUAUGAAGAACUGAAGUCCUUCGAAGCUCCGGAAUCAUUUUUAGUCGAUCUUCCAUUGGGAGAUAUUCCAGUUGGUGACGAUGUGCAGGUAGUUGUUUAUCAUGCACGAUUGAUGAAAAUGCAAAAUCGUAUGCAGCAGCAUUUGAUGUUUUCACUGAGUUUUCAUGCUAAUUUUAUUGAUCCGAAUACCCAUAUGUUAGAAUUCAGUCUUGGUGACCUUGAUCGUUCAUCUGAUGACUCGAGAUUUGGAGUAUCAUUAAGGGUUGGCUUGCAGUUGAAAAUUGAUGAACACGAUAGAGGAUUUAGUGCGCGAGAUCCACCAGCGAUUCUUAGUUAUGAGCCAAAAGCCAUUUCAAAAAUGUUAUUGGUAUCUGAACCUGACGAAUUUGAUGCAAUUGUUCGACAUCUCGGCCUUCACUGCAAGUCGUCAAAUUAUCAAAAACCCCCGAAAAGACCACUUCCUCCGCAGAAAUGCGUCAUGGAACAACAUAAAGCGAUAAAUGAAGAAAGGGAGAUAUCGAUUAACCGAGCUACUCCCUCGCAUCCUCAAGAUUCUUUCUUUUCUACCUUGGAAUGGCUAGAUGAUACUAGCAAUCUACAGGAUGCUUCUCAGAAUGUCACGCAGCCCUUUCACAGUAACUCUGAACAGUGUAGCAUCAUACAGUCAUCAGAACAUGCUACUCAUUUGAAUUCAUCGUUACUAAAGCAAACAGAAGAUGCUGAUCUUCGUGGACGUGUAAGCGAUAUGCAUAUUAAUACUGGUGAAGAGAAAGUUAAUGAUGACCGGCAUAAAUUCGAUGGUGAAGAACAGCCUAAAUUUGUUGAGCAAAAUGCAUCGAAGAUUUUAACCACUGAAAAAGAUGCCGAUCUACUUGGAUUAGGAACAGAUUGUCAUAUUUCGUGUUCGUCCAGUGUGAAAUUAGUAAAUGGUGUAAAUGAUGAUAGCUUAUCGUUAACAAGUGUUUCCUCACAAAAUCCGCGAAAUGUAUGUUCUUAUACAUCAGAGGAUAUUUCGUCCAAUCUUAAUGUUCAUUUUGGAGACAAUGAUUUUUUUGAAAGUGGAAUGCAACGUAACGUUUGUGCACCGAUUUUUUCCAAUGUAGAUGUCAUGGCUUCUACGUCAGAAAUGAAAAAUGAUCUAUUUUCUGAAUUUUUAGUUUGCACAAAGGAUAAUACAACUCCACCACUAAAAAGUAGUUCAGCGGAGAGAAGUAGAGCUAUAUCGAAUAAUCAGCAACAACCAAGUUAUAGUCGAGCACAUUUUGACACUCUCAGUUCCACUAAGGGUGGCAAGCAAAAAAAUUUUGAAAACGCGUUUGAUGAUCUUCUCACUUCUCAAGGAUUUCAAACGUCUACGAAACCCAUAAAAUCUUUAGGCGAAAUGAAGCGGCAAGAAGAAAUUAAAGAACUAGAUCCUAUUACAGUUAAAGUGAAAGAAUGGACAAACGGAAAGGAAAGAAACAUCAGAGCCCUACUAGGAUCUAUGAAUAAUAUCUUGUGGCCAGAUGCCGAAAAUUGGGUUCAGCCAAGUAUUGGAGAUUUGCUAACCGCGCAACAAAUAAAAAAAUAUUACCGUAAAGCUUGCUUGGUAAUACAUCCGGAUAAACAGGUUGGCACAGAGAACGAAAGGUUAGCUCGUGCUAUAUUUACGGAAUUGAAUGAUGCAUGGACAGCUUACGAGAAUGCUGGCUCACCAUCCAUUUAA